AUGGCUCGCAUCAAGACAGAGCGCGACGACACGCCGCCACCGCCGCCGACCGCGGCGCCGCCUGACGGCGACCAUAACGGCGUCAGCGACGACGAUGAUGGACCGCUGGACUUCUCGACGACGGGGCGUCAUGGCGCCGGUGGCGGCGGCGGCGGAGGCGCGCGUAACGGCAGCAGCGACCAACGCCGGGACGCCGACUCCGUAAGUUCCGCGGGGAGCCGCGAUAGCCGCGACAGCUUCGACGCGCCGCCGCCGGCGCCCCCUGCCGACGCGCCCAAUGGGCUCCACCUGGCGGCCUUCAGCAGCGCGAUGUACGGCCAGCAGGGGGCGCACGAGGCGGCGGCGGCAUACGCCGCGAUGGGAAUCGUCGAUCCGCGGAAACAGUUGAAGCCGACGCGACCUUUUAAAGCGUACCCGCGCGACCCGCUCUCGCUGCCGCUCGGCUACUACGGAAUCCCGUUCAGCGUUCCCAUCCCGGGGAUGGAGGGGAUCAUGCCGGGCAUGUCCGGUGGCGCCCUCGCCGGCAACGAACUCUACGGACACUACAUCAAGCGGCUGCAGCAGGCGCAGGAGACGCUGCUGAAGGGACAGAUGGCGCCAGCGGUCGCCUCGUCCACUCGCACCCCGCUGCCGGCGCCCCCUCCCCCCACGCGGUCCCACGCCGCCGCGCCCGCCGCGAGAAACGACGACGACGAGACGAUGCACUCGGAGGAGAGCGCAGACGACGCGGCGGCGGACCGCCUCAGCGGAGGCAGUGGCUGCAGCACGGGAAGCCACGACCGCGGCGGAGAUGGAACCGGAGGCGGAGGAGGAGGAGGGUCGAGGAAGCGCGCGCGCUCGCUGCCGGACGACUCGAAGGACGAGGCGUACUGGGAGCGGCGGCGGAAGAACAACGAGGCGGCGAAGCGGUCGCGGGACGCGCGGCGCGCAAAGGAGGACGAGAUCGCGAUACGCGCGGCCUUCCUCGAGCAGGAGAACCUGAAGCUGCGCGUGGAGGUCGCCUCGCUGAAGAACGAGACGGCCAAGCUACGCUGCAUGCUCUACAACAGCUAGGAUGCACGCGCGGCUAGGAUGCACGGCUACGCUGCAUGCCCUACAACAGCUAGGAUGCACGCACGGCUAGGAUGCAUGGCUACGCUGCAUGCCCUAUAACAGCUAGGAUGCAUGCAUGGCUGUGAUGCAUGGCUGGGCUGCAUGCUCUACAACAGCUAGGAUGCGCGUGCGGCUAGGAUGCACGCGUGGCUGUGAUGCACGGGUGGGAUGCACUGUUAUGCUGCAUGCUCUACAAUAGCUAGGAUGCACGCUCAGCUGUGAUGCACGGCUUGGACACAUGGCUGGGAUGCACGGCUGGGAUGCACAGUUGGGCUGCAUGGCCAGGUUACACUGCAUGCUCUACAACAGCUAGGAUGCACAGCUGGGAUGCACAGCUAUGCUGCAUGCUCUACAACAGCUAGGAUGCAUGGCUGGGAUGCCUGGCUAUGCUGCAUGCUCUACAACAGUUAGAAUGCACUGAUAGGAUGCACCGAUACAGGGCUACAGGACUAGGCUGCACGUCAUGACUAGGCUGCACCGCAUGAGCAGGGAUGCACAUCCACACUAGUCCUGCUGUUACGUCAGCUACUGCUACUGCCACUGCUGUUGUUGUUGUUGCUACUGUUGUUGCAGCUGCUGUUGUAUGAUGAUGAUGAUGAUGAUGAUGAUGAUGCUGUCAGGGAGGAAGAGAAUAACUGCGCAUGCGUGAGGCAGUCGUGUUGACGACAGAAGCAAUGCAGAAAUCCAGACAACCGCUCAUUUGUUGACGGAGGAGCGACGACAGCGCCACCGCCGCCGCAGCCGCCGCCAGCGCCAUCAUCGAUUGAUUGAUAUCUUGAGCUUAUGUAUAUCGUACGUACGGUAGCUGUGCUACUGCUGCUGCUGCUGCUGCUAGUGGUGGUGGUGGUACAUAGACAUAGGCUCAAUUAUUGAGCCGCUGCUACCACUGCUCAGCGUUGAUGCAAUGCUACCUCUUUAUAAUUAACCCUCCCUCCGACUACACUAACGUGUUAACUGGAACGCGUGCACGCACGCACGCACGCGCGCGUGGUCGGACAGUAUUCGUAAAUCAGUGCGUGCGUGAUGUUGCCAGGCAGGGCUGCACGCACGCACGCACGCACGCAUGCACGCACGCACGCGUGCACGUAGCGUGGGAACGGUUGCUGACUAUUUACACACGACCACCGCGCCUCUGUAUCACAUAUCAGCAGCGUGUCUGCAUCGUCCGCAUCUAUCUGUGUUUGUAUCUGUGAGUGCCUGUGUGUGAAUAGUGCGCACUGGCAGCACCACACCGUGUAGUAGCUAGUAGGGAUGGAGAGGGAGAGAGCGAGAGAGAGAGAAUAAGAGUAGGAAGAGAGAGGGGAGAGAGGGCGAGAGUGAGAGAGGAGAGAGAGAGAGCGAGAAAGCG